CUCUCAGUCCUGCAACUCCUGCAGCUCCAGAGAGGCGGUCUGGGUUUUCAGUCAGGGGACACUCAUCAUCUCUCAGCACAGAGCAGUUCUCUCUCUCUCUCUCUCUGUCUCUCUUUCUCUCUCUCUGUCCCUCCCUCAGACACCCCCACAUCCACUCUCUCUUUCUCGCCCUGUCCGUCUGUCCUUCUCAAGCACAGCAUCUAUUUUCUGUCCUCCUCUAGACACACGACAAUCAUGUCCGCAAACGGCGCCGACGGGGACCUGCUGCAGAUCCCUCUGGGGCUCAUCAAUAGCGAAGGGAAGUAUCUGACGGCGGAGACCUUCGGCUUCAAAAUCAACGCCUCGGCCAGCAGCCUGAAGAAGAAGCAGACCUGGACCCUGGAGCAGACGGGGGAGGACGGCAGCGCCGUGUUCCUCCUCUCCCACCUGGGCCGCUACCUCGCCACGGACAAAGACGGCAACGUUACCGCGGACAGCGAGACGCGCGGCCGGGACUGCCGCUUCGUUAUCACCGCGCACGAGGACGGGCGGUGGUCGCUGCAGUCCGAACCUUACGGCCGGUUUCUCGGCGGCAGUGAGGACCGGAUCACCUGCUUUGCGCAAACGGCCUCACCGGCGGAGAGAUGGAGCGUGCACCUGGCCGUGCAUCCGCAGGUCAACUUGUACAGCUUUGCGCGCAAACGCUUCGCCCACCUGAGCGCUCAGGGGGAGGUGUCGAUAGACCGCGACGUCCCCUGGGGGGUCGACUCGCUAGUGACACUGGUCUACCGCGAUCAGCGCUACCACCUCGAGACCUCCGACAACCGCUUCCUUCGCAACGAUGGCAGCCUGUCCACCAAAACGGACAAGGACACCGGCUUUAUGCUGGAGUUCCGCUCCGGUAAAGUGGCGUUCCGCGACUGCAACGGGCGCUACCUGGCACCCGUGGGCCCCACCGGCACAAUGAAGUCUGGGAAGAGCACCCGGGUUGGGAAGGAUGAACUGUUUGGCCUGGAGCGCAGCCACGCGCAGGUCGUGCUGACUGCAGGCAACGAGAGAAACGUCUCCACGAGGCAAGGCAUGGACCUGUCAGCCAAUCAGGACGAGGAAGGGGACCAGGAAGUCUUCCAGUUGGAGAUGAGCCGUGAGGACAGGAAGUGCGCCUUCAGAACCGCUGCUGGAAAAUACUGGACCCUGACAGCAACUGGAGGACUGCAGUGCACCGCCUCCACCAAAUCAGCCAACAGCUUCUUUGAACUGGAGUGGCGUGAUGGUCGCGUGUGUGUGCGUGCAGCUAACGGCAAGUAUGUGGUCGCCAAGAAGAACGGGCAGCUGGCUGCUACUGUCGACAGCGCAGGGGAGGCCGAACAGUUCCUGAUGAAGCUGAUCAACCGUCCAAUCAUUGUCCUUCGUGGGGAGCAUGGUUUCAUUGGGGCUCGUAAAGCCGGGAUGGCGACCCUGGACUCCAACCGAGCAUCUUACGAUGUUUUCCAGCUGGAGUUCCACAACGGAGCUUACUCCAUUAAAGACUCCCAGGGGAAGUACUGGUGCGUUGGAGACGACACUGCGGUGGUGUGCAGCAGCUCCACACCUGUCCAGUUCCUGCUCGAGUUCUGCGACCUAAAUAAGAUGGCUAUCUGUGCUCUGGGGGGGAAGUACCUUAAAGGAGACCACGCUGGGGGGCUAAAGGCCAGCGUCGACUCCCUGGACAGCGCCACCCGCUGGGAGUACUGAGAGAGCAUAGCCGGACUUCACCACUAUCUGACACCAAGCUUCAAACUGUUGGUAGAUACUGUAGGUAGCUGUUUGUUUGUUUUGCAUAUGUGUGCCUGCCUGUGUGUGUGCGUAAUUGUGAAUUUCUCUGGAUGGAUGUGUGGUUGAAAUUGAAGCUGAUAAACUAGAAGUCAAGGCACCAAAGUACUACAGGUGUUUUAUUUUUUAUUAAUUUUUUCCUUUCUUAAUCAUAAUCUCUUCUUACUGGGCUUUUUACUGGAGGUUUGAAUUUAAAAUAACUUGCUUCUGACGUGUUUGAUGAAUGAAUCAUAGUGUGGUUGCACAUUAACUGUUUCAAUUCCAGUCAAAUUUACACAAGCUAUACCUGAUAAAUGUCAGGAUGAUUACUGUUAUUAGUCGUGCCUAUCUGUGGUAACUACUGGUGUAACGAACAUGUAGAACGCUAUAACUCAUAACUCACAGUAUCUAACCUUCUCCUCUUAAAUGUCCUGCUGGCUCUAUUGCACUGCUUUCAUCUCCUGUUCUCUUUUAAACUAUAAAGCAUAACGUACAUCAGAUAAAGGGAUGUAACUGAUUAACAUGUUUCUGCUGUAAAUACUGCUUUCUUUAUCACCGAAUGGUUCAAAAACAUAGUGACCAUAGGAAAUUUAAGUGCGAAAGUGUGUUGAGGCUGCACUCUCCAGUUUCCUCCAUCAGGUGAAAUCUGUAUAUAGACAGCUACAUCUUCAGAAAGUAGUCAAUGGUCAAAGGUUUUCCUUCAAGACUAGAUCCUUUCAGUUCUCUCUGGUUCCUCACAUGAGUCUAAGGUUUUCAGUUAUAUGUCAGGAGGAAAUAAAUGAAAGGAAAUUAUGAGUUAAAGGAGCUUUGAAACACACUCAUUGACUGAAGGAGCCAUCUUAGUUAGAGUGACCAUUUCUGGAAAUGAAAGGGAGGCAGUGGAUGAGGCCUAGCUACUGCACAUUACACACCCAAAUGCACAUAAAUACAUACAAUUAUGCAGUCAUAGAUACAGUAAUUGCAACUGUGAAAAGUCAGUGAUUUAAAAUCUGCACAAUAAUGUAGUGUCCAUUUUACAGAAGUUAAAAGCACAUGUCUGUUGUGAUGAAUUGUCUGCCUUAGAUUGGGUGCUGCUGCUGGUGUGUAAACACAAUGAUAGAGUCAGUCAUCUCUCUGGCUAUUGUUGUGGCUGUGCCUUCCAUAGAGCAUUUCAGUCUUUUUCAUGUUCUUACAUUUGAACUGAACUGAGUAAAAAAAAAACCCAAUAAAGUUUUCCCUCUUAA